AUGUGUGUACAGAGCGCUUCAGUGGAUGGAAUUGCAAAUUUCACAGUAAUCGAAAAGCUUCUAGCACGGCGAACAACCGGCGAAGCACAUCUGUUUUUUUUUUUAGUAGUUUCCUGGAGACGCCUUUACUGUCUUCCUAAGGAAAGAAAUAUGAUCACAAAAUGCUAUAAAUUUUUCAGCAAAUUCGUCGUUUUCUUCGAUAUACACGAUAUCAAUAUCGAGAACUUAAAGAUAAUUCAUUCUACGGAACAUUUACCCUGCGGCCACACCGCUGCUACCCUCUCAAAGCAAGAGCAGCAGCAGCAGGAGCAGGAACUCCGCACCCAACAUUCCCUCCCGACGCGUCCACACACCGUCCGACCACGCCCACCACGACUAGCUAUGAGGAAAAUAGUGAUGUUAGGCGCGAGCCCGCGGACGCAACGCUCUGCUUCCAGUGUACAGCUUCCGGCCGACUUCAGUCCAACAGCGUCAUCAGUGCCGAUCUAUUUGUAUCGCACUAAUGAUUUUAUUAUCAACCUUCGAGAAUACGAACAACAACAGCCGUCAUCAAGCGAAGGGCAAUCGAAAAGAAUUAAUCUGAAAGAAUUGCUACAUUCACGAUGGGAAGAAGCAAAAGGGAAAAAUGCAUUUAAUUAUGGACUCAAUUGUAUGUAUAAAUUACUCGAUGGACAGUAUAACCUUUCGAUGCAGCUAAAUAUCGAACGUGGCGAACUGAGACGUAAACCGAUGCGUUUCAAGAAUAUCGCCGAACCGUUCAAUCCUCUACGAUGGAACUUCACAAAGUUGCACGAGAAUGAGAUACUGAUGUACCUACGAUGUGAAGAUCGUCCCAUCACCAACGAUGCACUUGAUCGGCAUGUUAUAGCGGUGAAUGCGAGUCCACUUGAACGUGAUCACAGUUUGAUCAUACCGGCAAUCAAUAAAUGCCUCCCACAGGUUUUGACAUCAACUGCUAUACGAAUAGCAACUGAUGUUAUGCUUCUUGUACCAGAUGACUCUUUCAACAUAUUAUUUAACAGUUUACUAGGACAAGCGUCAGUAAAUCAUCUUCAUUUGCAUUGCUUAUACUGGCCAUAUGAAAGCGAUCUAAUUUAUAGGCGUUUCGAAGCGUUAAAUGGACUAGUAAACGUCUUCAUUAUCGAGCCCCCGCUAUGGAUUUGCAGUGCAUUUGCAUUUCAGCUAACGAAUAUGGAUGAAUACAAUACAUUCCUUAGCAAUCUCACACGUUGCGUUGAAUUUCUCACACAACAAAAUCAAGCGCAUAACGUUUUUAUUACGAGAGCCCAGCCAAUUCGUACUACAGGACCGGAAAGAGAAGAGGAUCGAGAACGGAAACGACCGCAAUACGUUACAGCUUACGUAUUUCCACGUACUAAUUCUGUCGGGGCAAAACCUCCAACAAGUUUCAAUCCAGCAGCUUGUGAACUUGCCGGAUGUCUGACAUCUUAUACAAUACGCUUUUUCGAAUCGGCUAGUGAGCAAGCGGCGGUGAGGAUAAUCGAGGAAGAAGCUCAACUACCGGCUGAAGUUUUCCGUAAACUAGCGUUGGACUUCUCCGACAUACUAAGUGAUCGACCUUUGGGCACAUCACAUUGCUCUAACAAUAAUAUGCACGAGGAAUUAACAUCACCAGAAAUCGAUGAAUUACGGGAUACAUUCCAAAUGUUCACACCACAUUCACCGAAUAUUGCAAAUAGAUCAAGUCGAAGUGGUUCAUUUGAGAAGGAUAGCAAAAAGAGAACUAAUUUUCCUUUCGCUAACGAGAAGAAUAUGUGA